GGUAAAGGCGAAUGAUUGUGGAAAGGGAAUUCCCCUUCGAUUAGUUCCAGCUCAAUCGAACAUGGAUGGAGCGCUUGAAUUGCAUGCAACUGGCCUAGAUUGCUAGAACAGAUAUACCUGGACAGACAGGUGCAGGUGUAUGUACAUAUCGCGUGUGAAUCCAAGACAAAGAGAGAGUCUGGGGGAGUCUUGAUUUAAAAGAACAGGAGACAGAAUUAAUUUGCAACUACUUGCUUACCAGCUGGAGUGAGACUAGGAGGAUAGUUUUUUGCCUGGCAGAUAGAGAGCCCAGGGUCACAACAGCUCUCAGAUGUUGCGUCAAGGUUGUAUUCGUGCCGUUGGUGUAGCAGUACUGUGGAGCUCCGCAAGUCGAUCUGUACACAUCACAUCCGCCCAGCAGAAUCUUACCAGGGUCAUCGUCAAACAACCCUUCUAUUUAUCAGCUGCCUUUCUACUGAAAAAGGCUAUCUGGAGAAUCAAGAUGGCCACACCUCCAUAUAAUCAUGUGACACAGGUUGGUGAUCCUGUCCUUCGUGGUAAGAGUGAUCCUGUGCACCCUCAAGAUAUCAGGACUAAAGAGUUUCAAGAUCUAAUUCAGAAGAUGGUGGGUGUUAUGAGGAAGACGGGUGGGGUGGGGUUAGCUGCCCCACAGAUAGGCGUGGCCCAGCAGGUGUUCGUCAUGGAGUUCACUGAGAAACAUAUGAAGGGAUUUUCUGAAGAGAUCCAGAAAGCUAGAGAGAUGGAAGUGGUACCCCUCAAGGUGUUUGUCAACCCCUCUCUGAAGAUCUUAUCAGAUAAUCAGGUGGUUCUUACAGAGGGAUGUCUCAGUCUUACAGGAUUUUCUGCUGCCACACCAAGAGCACAUGAGGUGGAAAUCACAGGGUUAAAUGAGAAGGGAGAGCCUGUGACUUGGCGUGUCUGUGGAUACCCCGCAAGGAUCUUACAGCAUGAAUACGACCACCUUCAGGGAACCUUAUACAUUGAUCGCAUGGACACUCGGACCUUCGCUGAUCUCCAGUGGCCUCAAUGGAAUGAAAAGUGAAUCCAAAAAAGCAGGCAGCAGUCUGAUGUGUGUUCACAUGGCUUGACAGUUCUGUGUUAGGGCUCUUAGACAUUGUUUGAAAGAACUUGUCAACUGGCCUACAUUUAUAUGUUCAGAGCUAGAGUCAGUCCUUGCCCACAAUGCCAAAUUAUGAGAUACAAUUAUGCGUGAUAAAGAGAUAAAGACUUUCUUUCUUGCAUGGACAUUACUCAAUAGACCAUUUUCGUUAAGUAAUCAAAUCUAAUGCACAAAUCUUGUUCAGGAAAGAACCAUAAUUUGUUUUGGAGAUGGAAAUACAAAAAAAUUCACCUCAAUGUGUAUUCAUUGAUUUUGUUUAUUUUCUUGGUAUGGAAUGAAGAUAAUUUUGUCGCUGUUUUCACAAAGUGACGGUAGUGAAAAAAAAUUGCAUUCACUUUGCGUUACGAUUUUCCUCACUACCGUCACUUCGUGAAAACAAGGACGAUUUGUGCAGUAUUAAGACUUGGACAUGUUGACAAUUGGUGCUUUGCCAUAAUUGAGCGAACUAAACUGAAUCAUGGUAAUUCUUCAGGGGAUUUUAUCCUGGCUUAAACUUAGUCUGCUUUUGAGAAUGCCUGCCUUAAAGUGACCUAUUACAGUGGUCAUGUUCUGUUAUGUAUUUCUUGUUUCUUAUACACUGGUCAGUAUAGAAGUCUAUAUAUUGUGCAACUAUAUUAAAUUACUCUGUGAGGUUUUAAAAACUCUGUGAGGUCUUAAAACUAUAAAAAGAUGUGACUCUUUUGAUAUGUACAAUUAUGUAGUUCUUGGUAUUGAGUGACCUAUGGAAUUGAAUUCGAAUUUGUCUUAUCCUUCAUCCUUUUUAAAUUUUCUACAUUUUAAAUUUCCUACAUUAUUUAUGAUAAUGAGAUACAUUUAAAUCCCACUAUAUGAUAAUGAUAAAGAAUAUGAUAUUAAAUAAUGGUAAUAAGAAAUGUGUUUCAGAAUAAUUGAAAAGUUUAGGGUUCAUUUAAAUUGCUCAAAAUUGUACUUUCAGAAUAGAUUUAGCAAACUUAUUACAAUAUAUAUGGUAUCACCAGAAUAUCAGCAGAAAUGAGACAUUAUUGUAGAAAAGGGUUUUCUUAUGAUCUGUUUAUAAAACAACAAUUACUUUACAAGCAGCAUCUAACAAUUACUUUGCAUAUGAGUGACAAUAUAUACUCCGCUUUUGAUAAAUACAGUCUGUUGGAAGCAUUCAAAUACAUCUGUUUAUCAUGAUUGGUGUAAACAUGUCUUCCAUGAUUUAUUUCUUCAUAACAUGAACUUUAGUCUUACACAGGGUAGCCCAAUCAGUGAUCAGACACCGUGUACCAAGGGUUCCUGUAUUCAUGUGAAACAUUGCCACAUGCAUCCAGAAAUAAAAUAAUGGUAAAUGUUAGAUGGGACAAAUGUAGCAUUAAUUAACAAAAUAAUAUAUAAUUAUUUCCCUUGGUUUUUUAAGUAUCUUUCUUGAAGUAUUUUACCUAUAUGGGUAGAGUGAAUCUGGUGAUUAAGAACGAUGUUGUAACAAACUGUUGUCUUAACCAGGUAUUUUGCUGGCCCCAUCCUUUUGAAGUCUAUUGUUUAUCCUCUGGCAUACAACAAGAUUUUGAUACAGCACUUAAUUGUAAAAGCCAUCUGCUUUGGAAAGAAUAUCAUCACUCAUCAGAGUUUCUGAUCUUACCUCUAAAAUAUAUAAAAUAUAUGAAUUGCAUGACAUUUUGCAUUUUCACAAUGUGAUUAAAAGUUUAUACAAGUCAUAAAGUUA